AUGCAAGUCUUGUUGCAACUUGUGGAUUUUAUUCAUCAUCAGAAUCAACAAUAUGAAAAUGUUGAAAAGGAUGUAACCUCUUUCCGAGAAGCUACAUCAUCUUCUCCAUCUGAGCAUUAUAUAUUCACUCUUAUGGAAUGGUUGAAAUGUAAAUUCAAUAAUCAACAAUUCAAAACAUUCAUUCCGAAAGCCUUUAAUUAUUCUUCUUUUCAGAAUGAAGGAAUUUUGUUGUUUGAAGAACAUGAAGAACCCUUGUGUAUUGCAUUAUCUUACAGAAGAUGGAAUUGUUUAUUUGUUUCUUGUUAUUUAAAUAACAACAUUGAUAAUGAUCAUGAUGAGGAACUUGAUGUUAUUUAUGCAUAUGAUUUGGAUGUAUUGGAUCAUCAUUUUGAACAUCAUUCCGAAUCUUUGCCAACACAAAGCACUAAUUCUCGCAUUAUUGAAAAAUGUUUGCCUUCGAAAUUUCAAAUUCAACUUCCCAAAUAUCCCUCUCGCUUUUGUUUGAAUGAAACAGAGGAAUUUAUCAUUGUGGUGUGUUCAGAAUAUCUUCUUUGCAAGAUUCAUAUUGAAACAAGAACAAUUGUUUGGCAAGUGGAUUUUACUUCAACGUACAAUGUUUCUGUAAUUGUACAUGUUUGCAUGGACAUGGGAAAUACAUUCAGUCCAACAUUUAUGAACUCGAGAAUGAGUCGAACAAAUUCAAUAUAUGUGACUGGUAGAAAUGAAAUGUUUGAAGUGGAUUUUGAAAAUGGCUCUGUAAAAAGGACCAUUGACUUUGCAUAUGGUGCAGGUAGCACGUUUGACCUUAAUGGAAAUUUACUUGUGCCAAAAACUUUUGAGCAUGCUAUUGUGACCCUUGACAUCACUACAAACGAAAUCAUCCAACACAUUUCUGGAAUUCAUGAAUUAUGUUUACCCACUCAUUUAUGCAUUGAUGUUGUGAAUGGCAAUAUCAUUGCGAGCGUACCUGGAUGGCAUGGUAUUGUUGUUCUUUCAUCAUCUAUUUCUUUAGAAAAUCCAAACCAAUUAUUAGCAUUUAAAGGAGACUUGAAUGGAUACUACACACGAAAUAGGUUAGAAGGUUUUUACGAACCCAAUUCUUUGUGUUUGAACGCCAAGAAUGGAAAACUAUUUAUUGUCGAUUAUGGAAAUUAUUGCGUUAAAAUUUUCAAAUAG